CCCUGUCCCUCUAUAAAAAGGCAAAGCGUAGCCCAGGAGCCAUCACAGACUCAGAGGGGACAGUCUUUGAGUAAAGCUCCUGCAACACCUGGCUGCCGAGCCCAGGAGAGAAGGAUGAAGUUCGCUCUCCAUGCCGUGCUGUCCUUGGGGAUAUUGGUGCUCUGUCUUGCUGAUCCCCCAGCCCAAAGUUCCGUCCGAUGGUGCACAGUAUCUGAUGCAGAGCAGAAGAAAUGUGUGGAACUGAAGAUAAAAAUGUCCUCAACCCCUUCAUUAGACUGUGUGAAGAAAACACUUCACCUUGACUGCAUAAAAGCCAUUGCGGAGGAUGAAGCAGAUGCCAUUAGUCUGGAUGGUGGCCACAUUUUUGAAGCACACCUUGCCCCGUAUAAUCUGAAGCCUGUUGUGGCUGAGGUCUAUGGCACAGGAAAAGAUUUGGUUACCAGCUACUAUGCUGUGGCCGUGGUGAAGAAAGGAACUAACUUCUCAAUAAGGGAACUUAAAGGGAAGAAAUCCUGCCACACAGGGUUGGACAGGUCUGCUGGCUGGUUCAUUCCUAUUGGGACCCUCUUGUACCAUCAAAUCCUAUCCUGGGAUAGAGCCACUCCCAUAACCCACGCUGUGGCCCAGUUUUUCUCAGCCAGCUGUGUCCCUGGUGCCCCCACAAAUGAACCAAAUCUGUGCCGCUUAUGCCUUGCUCAGAAAUGUUCCCGUACUGGGCCUUAUUCUGGCUAUUCUGGAGCCUUUCAGUGUCUGAAAGAUGGAGCUGGAGAUGUAGCUUUUGUCAAACACACAACUGUUCUAGAAAAUGACCCAAGUGGGAAAGACAAGUAUGAGCUGCUGUGUGAAGAUGGUUCCCGGAAGCCUGUAGAUAAGUAUCACGAGUGUCACUGGGCCAAAGUUGCUGCUCAUGCUGUUGUGGCUCGAAGUGUUGAUGGCCGGGCUGACGAGAUCUGGAGCUUCCUCUCUCAGGCGGAGGCAAAGUACGGCAAGAACACAAAAGAGAGCUUCAAACUCUUCAGCUCUCCUUAUGGGAAGGAUCUGCUUUUUAAGGACUCUGCAUCCAAUUUUACCCGUGUCCCUCGACUUAUGGAUUCCCAGUUCUACCUAGGCUACCAGUACUGGGCUGCUAUUCAGAGUCUCAGGCCAGUUUCUUCCCUAGAAACUCCUGAAGCCCCUUUGAAAAAGGUGAAGUGGUGCACAAUAAGUAAGGAUGAGAAGGCCAAGUGUGAUGAAUGGAGUGCAGUGAGUGGAGGCAGCCUGGACUGUGCAGUGGCAGAAACCACAGAGGACUGCAUUGCCAAGAUAACAAAAGGUGAUGCGGAUGCCAUAAGCUUGGAUGGAGGUUAUGUCUACACGGCUGGCACAUGUGGUUUGGUGCCAGUCAUGGGAGAAUACUACGGGGAUGACAUUACACGAUGCCAGAAUGAAGGAGCACCCGGAGAAACAUAUUACGCCGUGGCUGUGGUGAAGAAAUCCAACCCCCAUAUCACCUGGAAGACCCUGCGUGGUAAGAAGUCCUGUCAUACAGCUGUUGGGAGAACUGCCGGCUGGAACGUCCCCAUGGGCUUGAUUCACAGUGAAACCGGGAGCUGCAACUUUGAUAAGUUCUUCAGUGAAGGCUGUGCUCCUGGAUCUCCACUUACCUCACCACUCUGCAACUUGUGUGUGGGCUCAGGCAGCAGCCUCCCACCAAAUUACAAGUGUGCCGCCAACAGCAAUGAGAGAUACUAUGGAUACAGCGGGGCCUUCCGGUGUCUGGUUGAGAAGGGAGACGUGGCCUUUGUUAAGCACACAAUUGUCAGUGAGAACACCGAUGGACAUAAUACUGCUGAGUGGGCAAAGGGGCUGAGAAGCGAUCAAUUCGAGUUGCUGUGCCUGGAUGGAAGUCGCGCCCAUCCUGAUGAAUACAAGAAAUGCCACCUGGCUCUAGUUCCUGCCCAUGCUGUGGUCACACGUCCAGACAGAGCAGCUGCUGUCCGUCAGAUGCUGAUAAACCAACAGGUAUUGUAUGGAAGCAAUGGAUCUCAGACAGAUAUCUUCCGGAUGUUUCAGUCUGAAACCAAGGACCUUUUAUUCAAGGAUUCCACCACGUGCCUGAUUCAACUCUCCAGAGGAACAACCUAUGAGCAGUAUCUGGGAAAAGAAUACUUUGAUUCUAUCUCUAGUCUCAAAAAGUGCUCACCAUCAGAACUUCUCCAGGUCUGCAGCUUCAAGAAGGCCCUAAAGGACCACAAUUCCCGAGAGCCCUUGCGACGAGACUGUCCGCGGUUGCGAGCGGGAAACUACGUUUUCCAUGAUGCAUCUGCACGGCGCGGCGCAGGACACGUGGCUCUCAGCGCGGGGCAGGGGAUGGCGCUGGAGGGCCACCAGCGAAGCGGGCUGCAGCCCUACCUGGACUCGCUGCGGCGGGAGCUGCGGGAGCCGGACGCGACCCUGCUCUCGGUGCUACUGGCGCUGCUGGCCGUGGCCCUAACCCUGCUGGUUUGGAAACUUAUCCAGGGCAGGAAGAGCAGCCGGAGGACGGUGCUUCUGGUAGGCCUUUGUGAUUCAGGAAAAACACUGCUGUUUGUCCGACUGUUAACAGGCACUUACCGAAAUACCCAGACCUCCAUAACUGAUAGCUCUGCUGUUUACAGAGUCAGUAAUGACAAGGGCUCUAGUGUGACGCUGAUUGACCUCCCAGGCCAUGAGAGCUUGCGACUUCAGUUCUUGGAGAAGUUCAAAGCUGCAGCUAGAGCGAUCGUGUUUGUCGUGGACAGCGUAGCGUUCCAGCGGGAGGUGAAGGACGUGGCAGAGUUCCUGUACCAGGUCCUGACUGACUGCACCGUGCUGAAAAAUGCUCUGCCACUGGUGAUAGCCUGCAACAAGCAAGAUAUCACGAUGGCAAAAUCGGCCAAGCUUAUUCAGCAGCAGCUGGAGAAAGAACUCAAUACCUUGCGAGUGACUCGCUCAGCUGCCCCCAGCACUUUGGACGGCUCGACCUCCAGUGGGACUGCUCAGCUGGGGAAGAAGGGCAAGGAGUUUGACUUCUCACAGCUGCCCAUGAAGGUGGAGCUGGUGGAGUGCAGUGCCAGAGGCAGCAAGGCAGAGGAAGGCAGUGCUGACAUUGAGGACUUGGAGAAAUGGCUGGCCAGGAUUGCCUGAAAGCAGAGGAGGUUGGGGUGGAUGCAGAAACUAGCAAAGGGGAAACUAAUGAUAAAGACACUUAGCAUCUGAUAGGAAAGUACCGAUGGGAAGGGGUGGGGCCCAAAAUGUAAUCUUGCUAUGGAAAGAACUUCAGGCAUGCGUUGGCAGUAAAUCCACUGUUACCUGCACUGGGCUGGGUUUUAAUCAACCUAUGAACAUAUUUGCCACUGUGAUUUCAGUCAGUUGCAGUCCUUCCUAUUCCUAUCCCAUGCUCCCCUUCUGGGAGGCUGCCCCUAGUACUUGAGCUGCAGAGGGUUUCGAGUGGGGUUUUGGUUGGGGUAAGGAGCCUCUGGUGGUCCCAGGGAGCCUCCAAACAGAUGGGAAGGUUAUGUUUGGAUAGCAGAAAUUAUUUCAAGAUUGGACUGUGCAGCUGCUCCUGCUUUACCUUGGCAUUUUGGUCCUGGUGCCCAUGGUCGUUACUAACCUCCCUACUCAUGGCAUCUUGAUUUCUUCUCCCAUUCCUGUCCUCUGUGAUUCGGGUACAGUGAGUUUGUGAUCUUUGUGCUGCCACAGCUAAAAUGUCCAAUUGCACAUGCUACUGGGAAAUCCCUGCCUGCUAUGGAAUGUACUAAAGCUGCUUUCAUGGGUGUUGGCCAGCAUCCCGCUAUUUUCCCUCCUUCCCACCUCCCUUUCAAAAGGAACACACAGCCAGAUUGUUAGAUGUGCUCAGCACCCAUGUAAGCACCAAUAUGGAAGUGACCUGAUUGUCAGACAUACAUAGUAGGGGCUGGAGGGUGCUGAGCACUUCUCAUGAUCUGGCCACUUCUAUCUGGAUGCUUAAGUGGGUGCUGAACUCUUGGAAAAUCUGGCCUGAAUAGUAAAGGUGAUUGAUGAUCGUUGUGUAAAUGGGGGCUGCCGUUCUGUUUGGCUCUGGCCCAGUCUUUGGUGCUGAUUCACUUCUGCAGAGUGCACAGUGCUAAGAAAACUCAUGCAUUCCUGUACAUGACUUCUCAGCAGUGGUGUACCGUUCUAUAAUGUGAUCUUCAUAAAUGCACACAAUAGUAUUUGUAACAAAAACGGUCGGUCAAGGUUAAACUUCUGGGAGCAUAGCUUCAAUGUGUGCCUGGGUCUGAAUAUAACCCAAUUCUCCUUCCCCCAUGGGGCUGCAGCUUGAGCGUUAGAUUCACCUCUCUCCACGCAGACAUGCCCCAGUUUCAGCUCCGUUUUUUCUUGAGACAGAACAGCAGCUUGCUGGUGCUCAGGUUGUGCUCUGGAGCCACCUGUGCCUUUAGUAUCAGGAGUGCAGCACCCAUACUGAGGGAACGGAAACCAGAGCAAUUGGAAGUGAACCUGACUAGCUAGAGGCGUGUCUCAUAUAGAGACUUGGCUGCCCAUCUUAUGUGAUGGUGCCCUAAUCUCCUGGUGAAAUCCUGCCUCCUUUUGAAGUCAGUGGGAGCUUUGCCAUUGACUUCAUUGGCCAGGAGUUCACCCUUGAUCUUUAACUGGGGCAGGGUCUAGAAUUGCAGCCAUCUCGCACAAUGAAUAUGUAUUAAAACCCCAUUCAGGUGUGUGUUUCGCCUGUGUUUUGUCUCCCAGUCUUUCGGUUAGGCCCUCCUUUUGCAAACGUGCCCGAGUGGGCUCACUCAGUUCAGCACAUUAGUAAGAGGUUUGAAGAACAGAACUGUCCCCAUGUCGGAUCUGCAUGCGCCUCUGACUCGGUGAUGUCAUAAGCAGAGUUUGACAUCAGGAUUGUCCUAGAAUUAAUUGUGUUGUCACUUCAGUUGGACAAGGGCAUAAAAAGAGAGGUAUAGGUUGACUUUUAAAGGUGUUUUUUCUUGUUUACAGAUAAAGACGGUAAUUGUCAUAGGAGCCAGGAAUAGCUGCACAGAGGGCCUAAGAAGAUCAGUUUACUGACAUGAGUGGGAGCAGUCAUUCCAGUUUAGGUGUUUCUGAUGAAGGUUCUUGAUGACAAAGGGGAAAGCAUUGAAAGUUUCCCAGUACUUGUUACAUGUUUGUCCCCUGUAAUGUUUAAAGCCAAGGGAUCUGUUGUGGUUCCCAGAUGUGGUGCCCUGUUGUUUGUGACAUGUAUUAUGCUUAAUUUUGCAAAGGAACAAUUCUGUAGCAGUCUGCUUCUUCCUGCGGAUGUACUCAGCCCAUUGGGGUCUGGUCCAGGACCUGUCGGAGUCUUACUUUAGCACAUGUUGGAUCUGGUCUAAGAGCUCUUUCCAAAGAUGGAAAGAGUGAACUGACUGACCUUGAGAGAGAUUCCACAAACAAGCCAUCAGGGUGUUGGCAGCAGAAGGGGAUGGGGGAGGAAGUGGUGGUCUUAAUGAGCUGGCUGAGGAGAUAACACAUCCUCCUGGUGACCUUUUCCAACAGUUUCCUUCACUCCCAGUGGGGGCUCUGGCAGUGAGCAUUGUCUGUGCCUCCAGUGGAGUCUUCCAGCGAAGCUCACUGCAGGCUCAAAGGGGGGGAAUCCUUUGUGAUGCUGGACUGUUCAUCCUGCCUCUGCUUCCUUAAUAGGAAUCUUCUCUGUAAAGAGGUGCUCACUGACCGGAGGCCACCUGCUGCUUUUUGUCUCCCAGGCAAUAGGCUUGUGGUCUGCUGACUAUUUCCUCCACACUGUAUCUGCUGAAGAGAGCAGCUGCUGGUACCCAGGAAAUGCCGUUGCUGGGUUUUUUUUGUGGCAGGAUUUGACAUUAUCUAUAACCCAGCCACUCUCUUGGUCUAGAGGGUGGGAGGGAAGUGGUGGCUGGUCCUCUUCUUGGCUAUAUUGAUAAGAAUUCAGUAUUUGAACUUGCUCCUGAUAAAUCUUGUUCCCUUUGAUAUCUUCUAUCAAAGGUUACAUUCUGUAUCCACAUAUUCUUCUCUCUGACAUCUGUAUGCUCUGCUUUCCUUAGCACUAAUGGGUGUAUAAAGCUAUGCAGCAAGAGCAGAUUGACUUGUGCUACUCCCAUCAAUUGGAACAAGGUGUUUCUUUGCAAACAGCAUCUUUACUUGAAGAGAAGUGAAUGUCUGAGCUGGGCUUUGCAUCCAAAACUGCCAAACCUGUGGGACUAGAUGAAUCCUCUCUCUUAAAACUGUGUGACCAGCCCUGUUCACUGCAGCAGCAGUUGGGAGGAUUAAAUAUACUGCUAACACUUGGUGUAAGUGGAGGAGUGAGGGGGUGGCAUGCUGAACUACCCCUCCUUUGCUUCCCCCUCCACCCUCCCAACCCAACACCCCCUACCCCUUCCCAUGGCUCCCUCUUUGAGUUGGGAAUGCUAAGACAGAACACUUCCAGCGCUUCUUUGGGAGACAGGUCCUUCCCAGGCUGCUCUGAUUUAAAAACCUGUCCCUGGACCUAGAGAGAAGCAAAGCUAGAUGCUCAUGUCACAAGCCCAAAGGCUCACAAAUGAUUUUUGUGUUAAGUAUGUUGUGCUCUUCAAUUUCCAAGCAUAAACUUUGCAGCAGCAGAAUGUUGCUAGAGCUACUGCUCACAGUCGCAUUUUGAAUUUAGUUAGCCAGGGCAAGGGUCUGAUCUGGUCAGUCUGUAUCUGCAAUGCUGAAGCAAGGAAUGAAGAACUUGUGCUUUUUUUCCCCUAUGCUACUAGCAGCCUUCCUCUUGGGAAGCCCCAGGACCUAGGAACCUGUGUUUGCUUUUAAAUUAUUCUCGGUAAAUGUGAUCACUUAAAUAAAGAAGUUUGGCUC